AUGGUGGUACACAUUUUAGGUAAAGGUUUCAAGGGUAAAGAAAUUAUUAAAAUUGGUCUAGCCUCUAAAUUCUAUGGUAUCGGUUUGAAGACAGCAGAAAAGAUCUGUUCAAAGCUAGGUUUCUACCCAUGGAUGAGGAUGCAUCAGCUUACAGAGCCACAAGUAAUGGCUAUUACAAGUGAACUGGCUAAUAUGACAAUUGAAGGUGAUGCACGUGCUAUUGUAAAGGAAAACAUCGCUUUGAAGAGAAGCAUUGGUUCUUAUGAAGGUAUGAGACAUGCUCUAGGACUUCCAGUCCGUGGUCAACGCACGAGAAAUAAUGCAAAGGUGGCUAGAAGGUUAAAUAAGGUUGAUAGAAGGGGAUACCAUACACAAACAAGAAGUCCGAUCUUAGAACAAAUUUCGAAUUUAUGA